AUGCCUGCGUUGCCGCUUCUGCGCGGGACAGUACCGCACGUUGCGACAUUUGCACAACCACCGCCAUCCUCACCACCCGAAAGCUCCGCAGCCACACCGACCGUCCUCAACGUGACACCCGCCGACCCCCUCGCGGCCCGCGCGCCGCAGAGCACCGACGGCUUCCAGGCCAUCCCGACGACCUACAAGGAGCAGGACUCGUCCCCGCCGCCCGGCACCGUCGCCGGCAUCGUGCUCGGCUCCGUCGGGGCCUUUCUCCUGAUCCUCGCGCUGCUGUACUCGUGCACCGGCUGGGCGCCCGUCUUCCUGCCGUGGUCGUCGUCGUCGCGGCGCACCGUCGUCGUCGAGGACGAGGAGCGCCACCGGCACAAGAGCAGCCGGCGGCACAACCACCCGCGCAGCCGCCGCAGCCGUCGCAGCCGCACCGACACGGAAAUGUACGAGGUGCGCACCGCGCAGCGUGCUGCUGCCGCGGCGUCGCGGCCCAGCAGCAGCAGGAGGCCGCCGCCGGUGCAGAUGCCGGUGCCGCCGGCCAUGAUGCCGGGCGUGCGCGUCUCGCAGACGACGACGAGACAUGGCGGGCACCCGCCGCCGCGCGUGGUCCGCGACGAUGCGACGACGGAGACGGACCUGUCAGAGGAUGAGGUGGUGGUGAUUGAGGAGCACUCGCCGCCGAGACGCUCGUCGCGCAGGAGCGAGUCGAGGCGCGACAGCAGACGGUAUAGUCGCGGCUGA